GGACUUAACUUCAAGGUCAUCUCUGGUGCGAAUUGAACUUAAUUGUAGUAGGUUUAUUUCAAGACGGAUGUUGACUUCAGUUGAAGUCAGCUCUCAUUCGCAUCCUCUAAAAUGGGAGGAUUUAUCUGUGGAAAUUUAUUCCAAAGCAGAGUGUGUCCGUGCAUUGAACAGCUUAUCACCUAGUCUACGACAAACUCAACUGAAUUUCUCACCAAAUGAAAUCAAGAUAUGUAAACAAUCCAAGAUCUUUGAUCAAAAGGAACUAUUCAAAUCAGAGGAUCAUGGAUAUCAUUCAUCGUUUGCGGAUCAUAAUUUCUCAAAAACGCCUAUUAAACAAGAACCAUUGACUUCCGAUAUUGUGUCUACUCAGGCCUUAAAUCAAAGUUCAAAUGUUUCAACUAGUCCUCGAAUACUCAAACAAACUACAUUGACUGGAAGUAUAAGUCCACUAGCGGAAAAUGCAUUUAAGAAACCUCCUACCAGAAGGAAAAAAGUCAGCGGUACUUCGAAAAAGUCCCAAGUUAAACGUUCACACAGUGUUGAUUCAUCCAGCCGUCAAGGUGAAUACACUAAUCCAUAUGAAACACGCAAAUGUAAAUCAACAACUGUCAGUCCGAAGAAAAAUGUUCGCUUAGCUGAUCAGCAUUUAGAUAGUAUUCAACAGAAUAAAGAGAAUAAGAGUAAAUCACAAUUUCAAACACAACUAACAUCAUAUGGGAUACGUAGAACAGCUCGUCAGUAUGCUAAAGAAAUUGAACGUGAACGUGAGAAUAAUUUUCUUAUCGCAUUAAAAAACAAUAUUGAAACUGGAAUGAAGAUUAUUCAAACAGAAGAAAAAGGUCGUGGAAUAAUUGCUACUCGAUCAUUUCAUGAAGGAGAAUUUGUUGUGGAAUAUGCAGGAGAUUUGAUAUCUGAAAAGAUAGCAAAACAACGUGAAAUAGAAUAUAAACGUGAUCCAUCUAUCGGAUCUUAUAUGUUCUUCUUUGUAUACUUAGGUCAAAAAUAUUGUGUAGAUGCAACUAAAGAAACUCCACGUCUUGGUCGACUUAUCAAUCAUAGUCGAUUAAAACCGAAUUGUAUUGUCAAAGUGAUACCUGUGGAUGGUAUUCCCGUCUAGCAUUAUUUGCACGUAAACCAAUUUCACCUGGUGAAGAGCUGUUAUACGAUUAUGGCGAUCGUGAUAAAGAAAGUCUACAAGCACAUCCAUGGUUAAAGACGUAGCCAAUCUCUAUGUUUCGUAUAUACAAAGAUGCCAGAACCGAUCAUGAAGAUACCGCUGACGAUGAUGUAUAAAUGUAAACAAUAGAAGAACCUUAAUAGUUUCAAACAGUACCAAUAUGGUUUCUGGUUCAUCUGUUUAGUGAUUGCACACCUACUCUAUGUUCAUUUUUUUUUAGAUGAUGUAAAACCGUGAGUAUUUUGCUUCUAGUUACCUUUACGUUGACUUCAGUGUUAAGAGUUCCAUCUUCACUGUUUCUCUUUGUGUGUAUUUGUCUCCUCUUCUCUUCGCCGACUCCAGUGUUUCUUGUUUCAACACAUUUCUUUGGAAUGUCUGUUUUCGUAAUUCCAUUCCAGUUAUAUAGUUGUGUUCUAUUGUUACUGAUGUUCAAUGCAUAUUUUUUUAUUCAUAUAAUGCACCUGUGUGUGUGUG